UCUCUCUUUAUUUCUUUUACUGUAUUUAUUUUCUUGCAGUAGUAAUCUGUCCUUUGGCCUUCUUCGGCUUCUCGUCCGAAGAUUUAACAUUUCUAAAAAAAAUCAGAAAUUUUCUGAGUCUACUAUACAGAGAAAAAAGGAAAAUAGUUGUCUGGGAUUUUGUUUUCUUUUCGUGAAUUUCAAUUCAAGUGAAGAAGAAGAAGAACCCUAGACGAUUCCCCAGCUUCUCUUGUCCUAGAUCACGGUUUCUUAAUUUGCUUCCUUCUGAUGUUGAUGGAUCUACUGGUCCUUGGGAGAAGGAUAAGCUGUUGAUGAUGUUACAAGUUUAAUGCAUGUGGAAGUUAUCUGAACAUCAAAGAGAUGCAAAAUCCAACAUGUGUUGUUGUUAUGUGAAAGCUUAGUUUGUUUAACCAACUAAAGACUUGUAAGCUCGUUUUUCAAGUAUCAUCAAGAUUCUGAUUCUGUGACUAGUCCAAUCCUGACAACAGAUUCUGACAUAACUGAAGAAUCCAGUGGCGUGGUUUAUGUUUCCAAACAAGGCCUCAAGAGAAACUAGCUGUCCAGCAGCAACCACUUUAGCAACAUAAGCCUUAUGAAGCAGUCUGGUUACGAUGAGAUGCAGCUGUUGCAGCAGCAGGUGAUGCUCAAGCAACUACAUGCUCUUCAAAUGCAGCAGCAGAGCUUUUCAAACCCCUACGCAUCUACAGCUCAGAAGCAAGCUAACAUUAGCAGGCAGUUUCCACCUCUUCUUAAUGAAAUGCCUCUAAAUGAUUCUUCACAAGGAUAUCUGAACUGGGGGCAGCGGAAUGCAACCCCGGGCCAGCUAGGAACGCUCGAUAGAACCAUGUUUUCGAUGGGUUUUGGUUCUCAGCAGCCUGAUGUUUCUCUGUACGGUGCUCCGGUUGCUAAUGCAAGAGGUGGUAAUAUGGGUCAACAGCCUCCCAUCCAAGCAAUGUUUCAGGAACAUGGCAGUCUAGCAGCUACGCCUCCUAGUGGUCAAUCACAGAAACCUUUGAUGCACUUAUCGGAUUUUAAUAACCCUUUCCUUCAAAGUCAAUAUGCUUCAUCUCCACCACAGUUACCUCUACAGCAGGGAACAUUUAUGUCGAAUCUUGGAGUUCAAGGGAGAGGUAUGUCCGAGGCAGGUUCUAUCCACUUCGGAGAUCUCCCUUCUCAACAGUUUAACAGUUCUUCAAAAGAUCUCAGUGGGAGGCAGGAGGAACAAGCAAGCUGGUCUUCGUUUCAGCAGAAGGAUACUAGUACUACAAAGCUAUCUCAAGGUUUGGUUCCUCUUGACCCACUAGAAGAGAAGAUUCUGUUUAGUAUGGAAGAUAGUAGUAUCUCCGAGAUUGCUUCUGGAGUAUUCGGUGACUGUGAGAAUCUCUCCAGUCCUUUCCCAUCAUCUAUGCAGAGUGGGAGCUGGAGCGCGCUUAUGCAGACCGCUGUUGCGGAAGCUUCUAGCAGCGAUACUGUUCUUCCUGAGGUGUUUAGCGGCUUAACAUAUCAGAACAUGGAAAUAUCUGCGGACGUCAAUGACAUAUCCAACUUCAUAGACAGUGAUAAGCAACAACAGUCUAGCUUUCCUGGGUUCCAGGUGCCUUCGAAUCAGCUGGGACCAGGUCUCUUUCAGGAUGAUUGUACUCCUGUUUCCACUGAGAGGUCCUCGAACGUGGCUGGUCACUGGGUGGAUUGCAAUCCUCAACCAAAGAUAUCAAGAAUGUCGUCUGAUAAUUUACCUACAGGUAAUAUGUACCUGCAGUCCUCGGGGGUGUUUGAUCAGCUACAACCUCAGACAGCGAUUCAUCGCUCCAGUACAGCUCAGUCGUCUGCAGGUCACUUAGCCGGUAUGUCUUCACUUGUGCCUCGUCAGCUCGGACAAGCAGGGAUGUUUCCGCAGUUCACACAACAGAAUGAUCCAUCCACAGUGUCUGUAUCCCAAAUGCAGACGACUAAUCCAUUUGUAGCAUCUUUUUCUGGCAAUGCGACACUUCCAGGAGUUAAUUUGGAUGCUGGCUUUGGAGGUCACACCACUAGUCAGACUAGAUCACCCCAAGGAGGUAUCAAUCAGCAGUUCAAUGUGUGGAAGGACUUACCAACUCGCCAGCAUCUUUUGGAGCAAGAACCACUCAAAGUUCCCGGUAAGAUAUUGGAAAGUGAUGUCACAACCUGGCAAAAGGCCCAACAGAUGUCGUCCACAGGAUAUAAUCUGCAACUGAGGAUUGGUUUGCCUCAAGAGCAGGGAGCAGCCGCUAAGAAUAUCUCUGAUUUUACUGUCUCCAACAAAGAUUUUAACAAACUGCCAAUGGAUAGCGGACUGAGCUCAGAGCUUAAGUCAUCUGCGUUCCCUGGCCCAGUGAUUCAACCUACACAUGAAUCUCAAGAGAUUCCUGAUCAGUUACCUCAGCAUUCUAAGCCUUUAAUCACAAUGAACAAACAUGCAGAGAUCAUCGUACCAAAGAAAGGGAAACGUAUGAGAACAAAGAAGCUGGCUUGGCAUGAAGAAGUCUCUAAUGCAUCCCAAAGGGAUCACACAAUCAGUGAGGCAGAACAGGAAUGGGCCAGAGUUGCUAACUUCGUAGCUGAGAAGGCCGAAUAUGAUGCUCAUACCUUCGAAUUUUCACCACCACUGCAUCGUUCGAAGAGAAGACUUGUUGUAACAUCACAGCUUAUGCAGCAGCUAUUUGAUCCUCCACCCUCACUCCUCCUCUUUUCAGAAGCAUCGUCAAGCUAUGAUGUUUUGUGUUUCUUCAUUGCAAGAGCAACGAUUGGUGAUGCUUGCAGCCUUACCCACAAAAGAGAGAGUGUCUUGCCACCAUCUUCAUAUGAGAUUGACAACAUACCGAAAAAGAUUGAGGAUGUGCAACCUUCUGAAUUUGCUAAAAGUUUAACAGAUAAAGCAAAUAAACUCAAAGAAAGCUUUGAAAGACUGGAGAAAACACAGUCAAUGGCAGAAAUAAAAUUCGACAUAGAGGACUUGGAAAGAUUCUCUGUUAUCAACCGUUUCGCUAGGUUUCACAGCAAGGGACCAGUCUCCGGACCAUCCGCUCUUCCAAAACCGAUGCCACAGAGAUACGUUGCAGUUGGACCCAUGCCUCGGAGCAUACCAGAGGGAGUACAAUGCAAUUCAUUAUGAUUCUGCCUUUUGAAACUAGUCUUUGCUAUGCAUAUAACCAACCAAUCGCCCCAAAGGAGAACAUACAGUAUCUUAUCUUAUAUGUUUUUGGUACUAUUCUUUGCCUCUUCGGAAUGCAAGAAGAUAUUGAAAAAAGACAACCAUCCUCGGAUAACACAACGGCUUAGCAAUACUCCUGCUGCUGUUUCUUUUCCAGUGGAAGUAAUAUUUGUUGUAUUGUGUGUGUUUUGGGUUAAAGAGAUGAAGAACACUCUGGGAUAGUACAAAGUAUCAGGUGUCUGCAGGAAGAAUAGGAUGAGACCCUGUUUGGUUUUUUACAGAUAUGUCUGUUGUUGUUUUUGUUUUGUUUUUCCUAGUUUUAAGUUAUUAACUUAGUUUGGAUGUUAGAAUCUUAUCAGUCAAUACAUGGAUAUGACUCCCUUUGUAUAUUUCUUUUAAUUUUCCAGAAUCUCCAUAUGGUUGUUACUUUUUAUUAACUUAGUUUGGAUGUUAGAAUCUUUUUGGAGGCAUGUAUACAUAUGGUUGUUACUUU